AUGGCCAUCGACCGCAGUCCCGGCGUGCCGCCUUCCGCACGACAGAUAGUUCGCGCGGGCGACCUGUACCGCCGGCAUAGGGCUACCGUGCACCGGAGGAGUAACGGGGAUUUCGCCAUCUAUGGGUGGUUUGAGCGCCUGCUCAUGUCUCGAGCGGUGGGGCACAGCCCGGAGGACCCCAUCAUCCUCGACGACCGGGACCAGACGCACGAGGGCCGCGGACCGGACGGCGCAGACGCCGCUGCAGCGCCGGAGCUCUAUCCGCUCCGUGGGCCGGACGGCGCGGCGCUGCCUGAAACGAGCGGUGUGGUGGUCAACGUGCAGGAGGACCCGGGCGGCCGCACGCCUCCGCGGCUGCGCGGCGGUUCGCGCCAGGAGAUUCUGCGGCGCCAAGCAUGGGUGGAAACGGUGCGCCAGCUGACGGAGAUCCACGGCAGCGACAGCCCGCAGCGCUCCGGCGACGCCCUGCGGCCCUCCCGCCCGCCGCGCCUGGGCUUCAUCGAGGCCAGCGAGCUGCCGAUCAACUCGUUGGCCGACCACGGCACAGCGGGGGGGUCGAUGCGGCUCGCUGCGCGCGGGCGGCACUUCCGCACGAUGACGGGGAUCCGCCCGACGCAGCCGCUGAGCGGUCCGCCGCGCGCUGCGGGCGAUGCCGGCGGCAGUGCGCGUGCGGACGCUGAGGGCCAGGAGGGCCUGCGCGGCCUGACGCUGCGGCUCCCGCCGCGGCCGAGCACGUCGCGCGGGCGCAGGGACGACCGGGACGACCGGGACGCGAGCCCGCCGCGCGUGGAGUGGCGCCGCGAGAGCCACGGGCGCGGGGGCAUGUUGCUGCUGGCGGAGGGGACCGCCCCGCGCGACGGGCCGGUGUCGGGGGAGUGGGGGCGGCGCGCCGAGCGGGGGGACCGGUCGGGCGACGCGCGCGUGUGGCCGGUCGGCGGCGGCGCGGGCGCGUUCAACGGCCUGUCGCUCACAAGGCUGGUGGGCCACCGGGGGGGGGACGCGGACAACGCCCCGGACGGGUCGCGCCCGUCGGCACACGCGGCGGCGCUGCUCUCCCACAUGCUCCCGCCGCACGACGACCUCGGAGAGACGUGGAUGCCGGACCUGUACAGCGAGCGCGCGGGCGGCUGGGUGGUGUACUCCUCCACGGUGGCGCCUGCGCGGCCCAGCGCGAGCGAGUACCGCGUCGACGACGCUGCUUACGCGCCCUACUCGCCGCGGCGCCGCGAGAACGCGCAGCGGGAACGCGAGGGUCGGGAGCGCGCGGCGCAGGAGGACGGCGAGGCCCCACCAGUGCGCAUGUUGGUGCAGCAGGUGCGCGGGCGCCUGCGCGCGCGGAGGGACCAGUACGAGCGCAUCAUGCGGAACCGCCGCUCGCGCGAGGACGCCGCGGCCGCGGGCGGGCGCAGCAGGCCCGACGACGCCCCGCCGCCGGCUCCGGCGGCGGGGGGGUCUGCAGAAGACCCCCUGAUGGCGGAACGGGCGCGGGCGGCAUCGCGGAUGCGGCGGCUGGCCCUCGGGUCCGACACGGAGGCCGUGAGCCACGCGGCGGCCGCGGCAGCAGCAGCCGCCUCGACAGCAGCGCGGGCCCUGGCGCGCGGGCGCACGCGGCUCCCCUCCCCGACGCCGUGCCCGCGCGUGCGCGACGCGUGCGGCAUCGACGCCCCCGCCGCGGACGAGGACCACGGCGGCGAGCGCGUCCUGGCAGUGCACGGUCGGCGGCUCCGGCUGCAUCGCGACACGGACCCCGGGGACGCAGGGCUCUCCCUGGACGAGGACAUGCGGCUGCUGGAGCGGAUAUCGCUGGACCGGCGCCAGGAGCACAUCAUGAGCGAGGACCUCCAGACGGCGAUUCGCAUGGCAGAGGCAGAGCAGGCGACGGCGGCGACGAGCCCGAACAGCGCGGGCGUCGGGGGCGGCGAGGGCGGCGCCGCGGACGAGUUCGCGGCGUGGACGCGGUCGCGGCGGCGCGAGGCGCGCGACGCGGCGGGGGACCGCGACGAGGACCGGAGGGCGCGGGAGCGAUAG